UCUAUUCUUGGGCUGUCGGCCUCACGUUUUCCACUGCUUCCAGAGGCUUCCUCUCGAGUCCGCAGUCUCUCUUCCCUACGAAGUUCAGAAGUUGUCACAAUGACUCGCGGCGACCAGAGGGAACGCGACCGGCAGAGGGCGCAGGCGCGGCGGCCCGCGGCCAAGGGGCGCGACGACGGGCUCACCCCGGAGCAGCGGCGGGAGCGGGACGCCAAGGCGCUGCAGGAGAAGGCUGCCAGGAAGGCGGCGCAGGCCGCGGGAGGCGCCUGCGCCAAGGGCGGCAAGAACACCGGCAAGAAGUAGCCGGGGUCUUUACUCUUUAGUUCGCAGGAUCUGCUCGUGUUGGAAGAUCUGUAUUUGCCUAGAUCUGGAAUGCAAUGCGAUUUCGUGGGCGUUGUCUCGAGCAGUGCUGAAACAACGGUUCACAGUAAAA